UUCUCUGUUCUAGAGAGAGAAACCGAAACAAUUCAGAAAAAUGGCUGCCGACGACCUCGAGCUUGCUGUAGAAGAAGCAAUGCCAUGGCUUCCGAGUCAAGUUCUCGACGAGGCUUGCGAUAUCAAGGUGUAUAUGCGGCAACAACAGCAGAAGCCUUACCUCCACCGGCAACGGCGCCAUGAUCGUCCUCUGUCAUCGCCGCCGUCGGAUCAUUUCGCGCUUCCACCGCAUCAGAAAUCGAAGUACGGUAAUGUCUCUGCUCGGCCGCAUCAGAAGCAGAAAUCGGCGGCCAAUUGGACGGCCGGAGGACCUGGAAUGCAAGCGAUUUUCCUCGACUCCGGCCGGCAAUUAGGCGGCACCGGCGUUUUUCUUCCUCGAGGAGCAGCCACUGGUUACCAACCAAACAAGAAGCCAGUUUGUUCCAUCGUUCUUCUCCCUGCUCGUGUUGUUCAAGCUCUUAAUCUCGACGUUCAAGCAUUAGGAUUUCAAAUUUCUCCUCGAAAAGAUCCCAACGGCAACCAAAAGGGUAGAGAGUGCAACUCAACUGUAAAAAACAAGAAGGGCAAAGAUGUAACAUCCACAAAUUGCUCUUUCAUGUCCCAAAAUCAAACCAAUUCAUCCCAAGAGAUAUUUCUUCCCAAGGAAUGGACAUAUUAAGAGAUCCAAAAUAUUCAUAUUUAAAUAAUACCCGGACGUUUAUCGGUUAACACCCAUCUUCAUGUUGACCAUCAUUAAAAAUUGGGUACUCUUUCUGUCUAGACAAAGAAAAUUUUUUUUACAUUCCUCUAUCUUAUUUGUCAAAAAUUUAAUAGUAAUCAACAAGAAAAAUGAGUGCUUACUGUAAGUCGAAGUAUCAUUCUUCAUAUUUUACUCAGGUAUGAAAACUUUCAUGAUGCAAAGUUAGGGCUAACUAGCUCUUCAAAUGCUUUCAUCGUAAUCAUUUGAAUAAUAUGUCAAAAUUGUA